GAGGGAACCUACGCGCCUCGUAGAGAUCAUGGAAGCGCUACAUGCGCGGAGCGGAGGUGGGAUUUGAACCCCCAACCCUACAGGUACAAAGCAGCGGCAGUCCUACCCGCAGCGACACCGUUCCGCCCUCUGUAGCCUUCUGUUUGUUAAUUUAAGCAUAUGCCUGUUUCUCUUUGAAACACCCACGGUAUUCACGGGGGUACUGGAAGAGAGAAUGGGAAAAUAUUCACUGCACUCGGUUUAUCAACAAGUGAGGGAUCAUGUCCUGUAAAUUCGGAGUGACCGCUGGCUCAACCUCGGCAGCGAACAUCGCGCCGAUCGUUGUCAGGGUCGUUAUUAUAAAACGCCUAUAAAGCGAAAUCUGAAGCCGUCCAUCACGGCUGCUCCUGGCGAUCGUCUUCAAUGAAUGGGGAAGGCGGCGAAUUGGCAGACGGGGACGCGCGUACGAGAGAGAUGGGCUCGUACUUUCAUCAGCGUCUGUGCCCCCGUGCACGAGCCCGGAGGGAGAGGUGUGCGCGGCGUGUAGAGAGGAAGCGCGCUACCAGCCCGUUGAAAUAAGGGAAGGGAGAGACACUGCGAUCACAUACGGUGAGACCCCAUUCUCAAAUGAGUAAGCGCGCCUCCGUUUGGGGGAAGGUACGCGCUUGAGGGGCUGCGGUCCCAUUGACUGUUCCGUCUCCCAGGCAGCAGGCAGCAUCAUCAGCAGCAGCAUCAGCAGCGCGGAAGGAGGACUGCACGGUCUCCGCCUUAAGCAUCAGCCAGCGACCGAGCCCGAACACGGAGAAAGGGACAGCGCCUAUCAGCCAACCCGAUCAGGGCUCCCUCAAGCCUAUAUAUCAUCUCCUGGCGCUGAGAUGCGCUGCCAGUAACUUGAGGUGGAGGGGAGAGGCGGACAGGCGGGGGGUGGGGGGGUGAGAGAGAGAAGAGAGAAAAGCCGAAUAGAAACCAAAGCACAGCCGUGGGUGCCCGCAACCAUGAAAGGCUUGCACUAUACCAGAGAGCUGAGGCUCUGCCCGUGGACUAUGUCGUGAGAAGUGCCUUUCGUCGCUCGGCUUUUGGUCACGAAAACGACACGCCAAGGAGGGGUAAAAAUGUCCGCCUCUGUGGGGCCCCAAGGCGGCCCUCGCCCACCCACCGCGCCGAUGAACAUGCCCGAUCUUCCGGACCUCAGUCACCUCACGGAGGAGGAAAGGAAAAUAAUAAUGGCAGUGAUGGUUCGGCAGAAGGAGGAAGAGGAUAAAGAAGAAGCCAUGUUAAAAAGGCUGCACCAGCAGUUCGAGAGCUACAAGGAGCAAGUGCGUCGCAUCGGUGCCGACACGCGGCGCCAGCAGAGCCUGCACCGGGACGACGCCCCCACCUGUGGCAUCUGCCGCAAGACCAAGUUUGCCGACGGCUGUGGCCACCUCUGCUCCUACUGCCAGACCAAGUUCUGCGCUCGCUGUGGAGGCCGGGUCUCCCUGCGCUCCAACAAUGAGGACAAAGUGUGUCACAUAGUGAAGGACAGGGUCAUGUGGGUGUGCAACUUGUGCCGCAAGCAGCAGGAGAUCCUCACCAAGUCGGGGGAGUGGUUCUCGGGGCAGGGGGCCAAGCCCAACGCGUUGGGCGCCGCCCACAGCGACCCGGCCAUGUUUGACAAGAAGGUGCGCUCCAGGUCGCAGGCCCCGCUGAACUCGGGCCCCGGGCCUGGCCAGGAUGCCCUGCCGCCUGCUACGGCUGACCGCACCAAGGGCCCCGAUGCUGGCCAGACGGGGGCGCCCACCUCCCGAUCCCGGAGCGAGCCUCCCAGGGAGAAGAAAAGGCCCGUGUCGCUCCACGAGCCCGUCACCAAGACGGGGCCGCGAGGGGAGAGGCGCAGGGGUCUGGGCAAGUUGCAGUCACACGCCUCCGAGGACCUGAGCCAGCGGCGCGACGCCCCCCGCAGGCUAGAGAAGGUACGCUCACAGGACUACAGCGUGGCAGGGGAAGCGGGCCGGCCGGAGCCAAGGCCGCGGCAGCCAGAGGGCGAGGCGGAGAGGCAGCGGCGGGAGGAGGAGUUUCAGACGCGCUACCGCAGCGACCCCAACCUGGCGCGUUACCCGGUGAAACCGCAGCCUGAGGAGCAGGAGAUGCGCAUCCACGCCAAGGUGUCCAAGGCACGGCACGAGCGCCGGCACAGCGAUGUGGCCAUCAACGAGGUGGGGCUGCAGCCAAACGGGGGCCCCAGGGAGGCCAGCCAGAACCGGCCGAGCAGGAGGGCCGGAGGCGAGGGCGAGCGUAAGGCACCUCUGGAGAACCACCGCUCCUACUCUGUAGACAGGACCGUGGGGGGGCCCGCCUCCAAACCUAACCACGCCCCCCAGCUCGCCCCUGCAGUCCGCACAGGCCCCCAGGGCCCUUCCGGGCGGCCUGACCUCAGGAAGAACCACCUGGAGCCCAGCUCGGCUGCCGUGCUGCGCAAGGCCAAGCGGGAGAAGAUGGAGAGCAUGCUCCGCAACGACUCGCUCAGCUCCGAUCAAUCCGAGUCCCUGCGGCCGCCGCCACCACGUCCCCACAAGACCAAGCGUGGGGUCAACAAGAGGCAGAUGUCUGUCAGCAGCUCGGAGGAAGAGGGCGGCUCCACACCAGAGUAUACCAGCUGUGAGGACGUGGAGAUCGAGAGCGUCAGCGAGAGAGGUGACUGGGACUGCUACCCCUUGGACCCCACCGUGUGGCACCAUCCUGUCACCUGGCAACCGUCCAAGGAGGGUGACCAUCUGAUUGGACGGAUCACCCUGAGCAAGAGGAUAGCCAUGACGAGAGAGGCCAGCACCAUGCUAGGGUUAAAGGUCGUCGGAGGGAAGAUGACAGAGACUGGGAGACUUGGGGCUUUCAUCACCAAAGUCAAGAAGGGGAGUCUUGCCGAUGUCGUGGGUCAUUUACGGGCAGGUGACGAGGUCCUGCAAUGGAAUGGGAAGCCGUUGCCCGGAGCAACGAAAAAGGAAGUUUACAAUAUCAUUUUGGAUUCUAAAUCAGAACCUCAAGUAGAAAUAGUGGUUUCAAGGCCAAUUAGAGAUAUACCACGGAUUCCAGAAACAUCACAUCCUCCCUUAGAAUCUAGUUCAAGUUCCUUCGAGUCCCAGAAAAUGGACCGGCCCUUCAUAUCCAUCGUGUCUCCCACAAGUCCCGGGACAUUGCGAGACAUUCCUCGACUGCUGCCUGGACAGCUUUCGGUGAAGCUUUGGUACGACAAAGUGGGCCAUCAGCUGAUUGUCAACGUGCUUCAAGCCAUAGACCUUCCUCUCCGGAUGGAUGGGAAGCCCAGGAACCCCUAUGUGAAGAUGUACUUUCUCCCCGACAGGAGUGACAAAAGCAAGCGAAGGACCAAAACAGUGAAAAAGAGCCUGGAACCCAAGUGGAACCAGACCUUCCUCUACUCGCACGUGCACCGAAGGGACUUCAGGGAGCGCAUGCUGGAGAUCACCGUGUGGGAUCAGCCGCGAAUCCAGGAGGAGCAGAGUGAAUUCCUGGGGGAGAUCCUGAUCGAGCUGGAGACGGCCCUGCUGGACGACAUGCCGCACUGGUACAAGCUGCAGACCCACGACGUGUCCUCGCUACCUCUGCCCCAGCCCUCGCCCUACCUGCCCCGGCGGCACAGCCACGGGCACGGGGACGGCCCCAGCAAGAAGCUGCAGAGGUCGCAGCGCAUCACUGACACAGAGUUUGAUGAUGGUAAUGCCAUAGUGGCCACAGGCUCCUGUUCCCCCACCUCCCUCCCCAACGCUGGAGCAGCUGCUUCGGAGAGGAGCUCGCGGGAGAGGGAGCGCUCCACCACGUUGGUGGUGCCCGAGCAGCAGCGCCCCCAGCAGCACCGCUCGCGCUCCGUGUCUCCGCACCGCGAGGAGCAGGGCCGCGGCCGCUCCCGCCCCCCCAACGUGCCCAUGCAGAGGAGCCUCGAUGAGAUCCACCAUAAGCGCCAGUCCUGGUCCCCCACCCGCUACCGUGACUCCCCCCGUGGCCGCGAAGAGCGGGAACCCCAGGAUUCGGAGCAGGAGUAUUCAGAGGACAGCGAGGCCCACGUCACGCGCAGAGCGAUCCGGGGCGGGAGCGCCGAGUGCCUGCACACCGACAGUGAUCUACAGCCGUCUCUUGACAGGUUUAGAAGUGCUAGUACCAACUGUUUGAGACCAGACACUAGUUUCCAUUCACCUGAGCGAGAAAGAGCACAUGGUCAUAGCAAUCGCUCACAGUCCCCCCCCGGCGACACCCCCCAAGCAGCCCGUAGGGGGCGACAGCUGCCACAGGUGCCUGUGAAGAACAGUGGCGUCGAGCAAGGGCAUGCUAAUUGCAAGUCAGAGGAGAAAGCUCUCGUGGUCACGGCAGAGCGGACGCGGCAGGUGCCGGUGAAAGUACAUUCCUACAGGACGUCCACCACGUCCAGCUCCAGCCAGGACCUGGAGACCGAGCUCAAGAACAAGAGAGAGCUGUACAAAGAGCAGCGGCGAAGCUGCGACAAUGUGUCCGCCAGGUCAUCGGACAGUGACAUCAGCGACGUAUCGGCCAUCUCUCGCGCCAGCAGUGCGUCUCGCCUCAGCAGCACCAGCUACAUGUCCAUACAGUCUGAGCGGCACUGGGGGGGGCGCUUCAGGAAGAUCCGUGCGGCCGGCCGGAGCAUGCUGAAGAGCACCAGCGUGAGCGGCGAGAUCUACAACGACGGCAGCCAGUCGGACACGGCCCUGGGCACGCUGGGCUCCGCCGGCAAGAAGCGGCGCUCCAGCCUGAGUGCCCGCGUGGUCGCCAUCGUGGGCUCGCGCCGCAGCCGCAGCACCUCGCAGCUCAGCCAGACGGACGCAGCCAGCAAGAAGUCAAAGAGCCAGAUCCAGCGGAGCCAGGAGACGGGCAUGGCGGUGGAGUACCCGCGCAACGCUAUGGCGCGGCAGGCCAGCCGCGAGUCUACUAAUGGCAGCAUGAACAGCUACAACUCCGAGGGCAACCUGAUCUUCUCCGGCGUCCGUCUGGGGGCCGACAGCCAGUUCAGCGACUUCCUGGAUGGUCUGGGUCCCGCACAGCUGGUGGGCAGGCAGACGCUGGCCACGCCCGCCAUCGGUGACAUCCAGAUUGGCAUGAUGGACAAGAAGGGCCAGCUAGAGGUGGAGGUCAUCCGCGCACGAGGCCUCAUUCAGAAGCCCGGGUCAAAGUCCCUCCCCGCUCCGUACGUCAAGGUCUACCUGCUGGAUAACGGGGCGUAUGUAGCCAAAAAGAAGACGAAGAUUGCUAGGAAGACGCUAGACCCACUUUACCAGCAAGCGCUGCUGUUUGACGAGAGUCCGCAGGGCAAAGUUCUACAGGUGAUAGUGUGGGGCGACUAUGGUCGGAUGGACCACAAAUGCUUCAUGGGAGUGGCACAGAUCCUGCUGGAGGAGCUGGACCUGUCCAGCACGGUGAUUGGCUGGUACAAACUCUUCCCGCCGUCCUCGCUGGUGGACCCGACGCUGGCCUCCGUCACCCGCCGGGCCUCGCAGUCGUCGCUCGACAGCUCGUCGGGACCGCCGGGGAUCCGCUCCUAGUGCCCCGCGGAAGACCGGAGCGGAGGGAAGACUAGAAGGAACGAGGGAUAACAAUCAGAAGCAGACUGAGAAUCAUGAUCAAAGCUUUGUUGGAGCCUGACAAUCAUUCCUGAAUCUUCUUUUUUUUUGGUCUUUUCUCUUAGAUCUUUGUUAUUUUCUUUCUGUGUAGCUUUCCAACAGACAGGGCUGCGGCAAAACAUGGGGUAACGUUGCCUUCACAGGAGAGGAACUCCAAAUGUCACACAGGCCAGGUAUAUCCCGACACAGAGUGACACCUGAGGGGGGCGGAGCCAGUCCACCCUGGCUCUGCCUGACUCUCUCUCUCUCUCUCGCUGUUUCACUUCCGUGUUUCCCCAUCGCCAGCGCUGUGCCUGGAUGUGGGGAGGGUGGGGGGGGGGCUUGGGCCCCUUUGUUGCAGUUGCACUGCCACGCUUCUCGUUUCCCAUUCGUUUUGUAUACUUGGACAGACGUUCGCACGAUGGAAAAAAGGGGUUCACGUUUCCUGGCGCUUGCAUGAAUACAGAAUAAAUCAGGGUGGGGUUCCCUUUCCUUCCUGACCCAGACUCUGCUUUCCUCCACCGACUCCAACCGGUCAGUUGAACCCCCCCUAUUUGUAGAUGUGCUGUUGGCCUCUGUCAGGACCCAGCGUGCUGCGGUCAGGGUGCUGUGGACAUUAAUGUCGCUGCCGGUCCCUGGGACCCCCCCCCCCCCCCCCCCCCAAAGCCCUGCACGUGUUUAAGUUUUUAUCUGAGUCCCACCUUCAGUUUACAUCGUUUUGAUUAAUGCAAGUACGACCGCUUGGUUUUUUACCGCAAAACAAGGUCUUAACUUUUUGGAAGAAAACAAAGAAGAAAAAAAAAAGAAAAGAAAGCCGCCAGACUCCAGCUUCCUUCCUGUUCCCGCAUCACUUCCUCUCUGCCCAGAUUCCAGGAGACACACGAGUCACACGGAAACCUCUCUGCAAAAUCUGUGAAUGUGACAGCAACCACCAGGCAGGUCCACACGGACUCCAGUACUUACUCUGCAAAAACGCCGCCUCCUCCUCUGCUACCCACCCAACAAAGAUGCGGGGGGGGGGGGGGUGGGCAUGGGGUGGAAGGAGGAGCAGCAUGACUGUGGAACUGUUCCAAGCUGCAUGCACAUUUUGUAAAACAAAAAAGCAGACAAAAAAAAAAAUAAGUCAUUGAAAUAGAUGUGUGUGUUAGUUGCACAUACUGUAGGUCAGCUUGUAUGUUGCAUGUAACUGUACAGUUUGCUCGUACUUAAUAUAAGGAGAUUACAGAUGAAACAAAGCCACCCAUGUGUAGACGUUUGGCUGGACCCCGCACCGUUUUCUCAUUCUGAUGCUGGAUGUCUAAACGAACGUGUUUUUGUUUUAGGUCCUUUUCUUGUUUUUCUGCCCUUU